AUGUCUUUCUCUACUCCUUACUCUUACUCUCCCUUCUCUUACGAGAUGGAGCUUGACGAUCCUGUCGCCUAUUCUCUCUCCUUCUCUUCCCUCUCCAUCUCUCCACCUCAGACCCUCCCCUCUGAGAUGGAUCUAGAUGAGGAGCCCUCUUCUUUCUUUUCUUCUCAGGCUUUUCAAAACCCUUUUAUCAGUGCGAAGUGUGGCUCCCACCACCCUUCUUGCUCUGAUGGCCGUCCUAAGAACCCGUUCGCUGGAGAGUCUUCUCAAAAGCGUCAGCGUUCUAAGAACAGCAAGGCCAAGACCGAGACCAAGGCCUUACCCCAUCGCGGUGGUGAGAAGAAGGUUGGCAAGGCUGAAAACCAGAAGCAACAGCUGAAGGGCGCGGAGAAGCCGAAGCCGAAGGGUCAGCAGCGCAAGCAGCAGCCCAGACAGCCUAAGCAGAACCGUGGCCCGCAGAGAGCUGAAGCCAAGGAAAAGAAGCCUGUCAAUCCGUUUCUCGUUCCUCUCGCUUCGGUCAAGGGCCAAGGUCAACGUCGCUAA